CCUAACGUCAUGGCGCCGUCACUUGAAUAGAGUUUGAUCGUGCGUAUUGUAAAUAAUAACUUAGUUAUGUACUGCAAUUACAUUAUUAUUCAUAUUUGUUGCUCCAAUUAGAUAAAACUACUGCUGCAUCAAAUGCACGUAAUAGGUAUUAUAUUCAGUUGUGUAGUGAUGUAAUAGAAUGGACGUGGAUGAUCCUAGCAGACCGCUACUUGGGCAUGCACCGGCUAGGCCGAGCCGCGUCCGUCGCGCCGCGUCGAAGCUGUGCGGGUUGGAGUCUUGGCGGCGGCGUGUCCCCAUCACAACAUGGCUGCCGAACUACAAGUCGGAAUAUUUGUUCAGGGACUUCAUAGCGGGUUUGACGGUGGGUCUGACCUCCAUUCCUCAAGGGAUCGCCUAUGCCAUAAUAGCAGGACUGCCGCCUCAGGUGGGCCUAUACUCCAGCAUCUUCCCCGGCCUCGUGUACGCCAUAUUCGGCAGCUGCAAGGACGUUACCGUCGGCCCGACGGCCAUACUGGCGGCGUUGCUCGCUAAAUAUGUCGCCAAGGCCGAGGCGUUCGCAUAUCUGGCUUCGUUCCUGUCCGGCUGUGUUAUUAUGCUGCUAGGGGCGUUGCAGUUAGGAUUCCUGUUGGAUUUCAUCUCUAAGCCGGUGAUCAGCGGGUUCACGGCGGCGGCCGCGCUGCAGAUCGCCGCCGCGCAGCUCAAGUCGCUCUUCAGGCUCACAGGAUCGUCGGGUAGUACAUUUCUGGAGGCCUUAAUCAAUUUAUUCAAGAAUAUAAAAACGAUACAUUUGUGGGACACCGUUUUAGGCGUCACCUGUAUAGUUUUACUGCUGCUGUUGAAACGUUUAAAGCUUUCAACGGAGUCUAGCUCAAGUCCCUUGCGCCUGCGCGUUGCGCGCGCCUGCGUGCACGCGGUGCGCGCGCGCAACGCGCUCGUGGUGUUCGCGGCCGCGCUGCUCGCCUACCUGCUGGCCAGGAACGGCACUUUACCCUUUGCACUCACUGGUACCAUAACAGGCGGGCUACCGAACUUCGCCCCUCCCCCAUUCUCGACAACCGUCGGCAACCAGACGCUCGCCUUCCCGGACAUGCUCGUCGUGUUCGGCCCGGAGGGGUUCGUGAUGCCGCUCGUCGCCAUUCUGGAGAGCAUCGCUAUAGCUAGGGCUUUCGCUGGCAGCAAGCCCGUCGACGGCACGCAAGAAAUGUUAGCCGUUGGUGCGUGCAACAUUGUCUCUUCCUUCUGCCAGGCCAUGCCGGCCACCGGCUCGUUUACAAGGACAGCGCUCAACCACGCCUGCGGCGUCGUCACCCCCGCCGGCUCCAUGUUCAAAGCUUUACUAGUCUUACUAUCAGUAACGUUACUCACUGAUGCAUUCUACUACAUUCCCCGCGCCGUGCUAGCGGCCGUCAUCAUGGUCGCUAUGAUGUCCAUUAUAGAGCUCGCUAUCAUACCGACACUGUGGAGGAAUAGCAAGGUGGAGCUGCUGGUGUACUCGGGCACAGUGGUAGUGGGGUGCGGCGUCGGCCUCGAGUACGGCAUCGCGGCCGGCGCGGGCGCCGACGCGCUGCGCGCGCUGGCGCGGACGGCGCGGCCGACGCUACACGCCGCCGUCUUCAAGGUCGGCAACCAGUCGUGUAUCUCCCUGACCCUGUCGGGUAGCCUCGGUUACGCCAGCGCGGAGCACUGCGCCAGCGCGGUCCGGAAACAGGCGCGCGCGACUCCGCUGGUAGUCGUGCUAGAUGGACGGUUGUUGACUAGUGUGGAUCUUGGGGUUGCUGAGAGCCUGAGCACCACGAUCCUGGACCUGGAGGAGCAGGGCCACCGGUUCCUCUUCUGGAACUUCUCCCCGCGACACCAGACACUUCUGGUGGAGUUGCAGCCUAACUUCGACACUAAAUUCGUGACUGGGCCCAGCAUCGACCAGCAUAUACUAGCUUUAGACAUCCAAAGAACACCGACGAUAGUAUACUGAAAAUAAGAAACACCUAUUAAUUGUACAACUACACUCCAAAGUAUAAUGUAUACGUUGUAUAUAGCUGCUUUGUUACUGCACACCGUUGUAUGGGUAUAGUUUUAGAGAAAUGUUGCUCCAAGUGAAGCGCGGCAGCGUCGAACUUUCCCCCUCCCCCCUCACUAAAUGAGAGGUGGCUCUCGACGGCUCCCGGUCUGUAUCUGCUCAUGACUAGCUAAGAAUCAACUGUGCCAAGUUUCAGCGCAUAGUCACAAAGUGCAAGGUGUCGUGCACUAACAAACUAGCUAUAUAAGUCUAGUUCUGAAAAUACUUCAGCAUACUCUAUAUAGAUCAGAUACAGAUAGAUCGACCAAAUGAAUAUUUACAAUUUUAAGCGAAACUUGAAAUAAUAUACCACUUAUAUAAGUUUAAUACACAUAUUAGUAAGAUUAGCUAGUCACUUUUCCAAUGAUAUGGUGCAUGUUCUAAAAUGUUUAAAUUUAUCUGCAAAUAAUUACAAUACCUAAAUAUUCUAAAAAUAAAUAUAGCGAUAACGGCAGGUGGCUGUAAUUAAUUAGUAUUCUAUGAAAUUCUUUAUUAUAAAUAAUCUUUAUUUUACAACGUUUUACAGGUAUAAAAUAAAGAUUUUUUAUAAUAUGACCCUUAAAAUUUUCGACGUAGGUACGUAAUGUGCUUAUUAUAAUAUAGCACAGGGUGUCGUAAUGGAGCACCAGAUGUACUGUAAAACUAUGUAGUUAAGUGACCCCGUUUUGAAAAACCUAUUAUAUUUUAUUUGAUAUGGUAUCUUCCUCAGUCAAUCUUGUAUCGAAUUUAUCAGAAUUUUAAUUAUAAUACCUAACGUACUUUGCAAUGUAUCGAGACUUCAAAAUAAUAUUAAUUUUGACAUUCCCAAUGUAUUUGUUACUUAUGUAGAUAGGAAUUAGAAUAAGAAUAACCGAUGUGAUAAAUGAUAUAUUCUCGUUAAAGAAUAAAAUAUAUUUUAUGACUUAUCUA